ACGUUGAUUCAGGGGAAGUCUUUCCAAAACUCCAUUGACUCUGGAUCACGAGGCGAGAGAGGAAGUCGCAUGGUGGAUCAGUCAGAUGGAACAGUUCAAUGGCAGAGCCAUUAUCUCCCCCACACCGGAUCUGACAGUGGACUCGGACGAUGGCAGUGGUGAACCCAAUCAGGCUACCACUAACUCGGGAUCUCUUAACCUCGCCUUUGGGUCAGGUCCACCCGUUAGUGGAGCUGAAGACACUGCAUCUAGCAGUUUGGAAGGUUUCAGGGAAUCCCACUCAACAGCUGGCAUAUCAGAGAGGUCUGCAGACCUUCAUGCUAGAGCAUGGCGGUCAGGAACAAGGGCAGCUUACAAAAGCGCCUGGGGACAGUGGGUUUGCUGGUGUCACGAACGGGAAAUUGAUCCCGUUCAGUCACCUAUUUCCGCUGUUAUAGAUUAUCUGACUUUCCUUUACGAUAAGGGAUUAAAGUACCCGACAAUUAAUGCUCAUCGGUCAGCAAUCUCCAAGAAUCAUGCUCCCCUAGGGGCUGUUCAGGUGGAUCAGUUGCCUGUAGUCUGCGAGCACAUGCGGGCAAUCUUUAAUGAAAGGAUACCAAGCCCUAGAUAUACUAAAACUUGGGAUGUUGAGAAGGUUUUGGGUGCCAUCAAGGGUUGGGGGGAUAAUGCGAAUCUCUCCGAUAAGCUUCUCACAGGAAAACUGGCUAUGCUGUUAGCGUUAACCUCCGCUGGAAGGGCGUCAGAGCUUCAGCAGUUAGACACAAGAUAUAUGUGUAUCAAAGAUGAUAGGGUAACCUUUCAUUUGACAAAAAGAACAAAAACUUGUAGGCCAGGGAAAACACAUAUGGUGUUAGAAUUUUUUAGGUUUGAGGAGGACAGGUCCUCGUGUGUAGUUGAAUGUAUUGAAGGAUAUUUGUCAAGGAGUAGAUUAUGGCAGCAGACCUCGGACGAAGUCUUGCGUCAUAAUCUGCUCCUGAGUUAUGUGAAGCCCCAUGGGCAUGUGAAAACUUGCACCAUAAGCAGAUGGCUGAAAGAUGUCAUGAAGGAGUCUGGGUUGGCGGCGGAGUUCACAGCGCACUCUACCAGGGCCGCCUCCACCUCUAAGGCAAUGGGUCAAGGUAUCUCGGUUGAUGAUAUCCAGAAAACAGGCAAAUUGGUCAAAGCAAUCAACUUUUAGAAAGUUUUAUUGUAGGACUCCAGAGGUCAACACUUUCCAGCAGGCAGUUUUGACCAGGUAAGCUUUAAACUAACACUUGAGUGUCUUGCCGAAGGUUGUGAAAUGAAAUUGUAGAUUUCAUCAGCUCACGUAGUGAGGGCCAUGAAAUCAUAAUUUUAUGAGUAACCGAAGACAAGAUAUGAAAGUGUUCCCACCCACCUAUCCCGUUUGCUUGCCUUCGGUACUAAAAUAUUUCACCUUUGUUGCAGGUAGGACCUAGCCAAAGAUGGAGUCCUGUGCUCUGACGAUCUCCAUUGUGUCGGACAGCCUGACAGUGUGGAGCCCUUUGUGGCUUGAUAGUGAUUUUUAAUACUCUAAUUCAAUUCCGUCCAGAUGCCAUGUAUGCAUUGUUUUGCUAUUGUUGAGCAUUAAAAUUAUUGUUGA